GAAGCACCGCUAGGGUUUCUUGUCGCUCGGCAUCUCCGGAACUCCCUCUCAGCUCGGCUCCCCCCGCGUCCGCUCGCCGUCAGCGAAGAUGCCGUCGCACAAGACGUUCAGGAUCAAGAAGAAGUUGGCGAAGAAGAUGAGGCAGAACAGGCCCAUUCCUCACUGGAUCCGCAUGAGGACCGACAACACCAUCAGGUACAACGCCAAGCGCAGGCACUGGCGCCGCACCAAGUUAGGAUUUUGAGGCGGAUUAGACGUAAUUCGAGCCUGUUUUUUGUUUUUAUUAUGAAAAAGAUGGAGAUUUUUGCUUCAUUUGUAAGACUAUUAACGAGGGUUUUUGAUUUGGGGUUCAAUGGAUGGAAGUUACGUUUUUGAGCAAGUUGAAAUGUAAUGACAUUUUCUUAUAUUGUUGUCAGCUGGGUAUCUCUCUUUCGUUUA